UCCACCACUCCUCCAGGACUUCCACCAUAAGGAAAGGAGCCCCUGGACCAACAUCCUCUAAGAUGUUUAUAUGGACCAGUGGCCGGACCUCUUCAUCUUACAGACAUGAUGAGAAAAGAAAUAUUUACCAAAAAAUCAGGGACCAUGACCUCCUGGACAAAAGGAAAACUGUCACAGCACUGAAGGCAGGAGAGGACCGGGCCAUUCUCCUGGGACUGGCCAUGAUGGUCUGCUCCAUCAUGAUGUACUUUCUGCUGGGAAUCACACUCCUGCGCUCAUACAUGCAGAGCGUGUGGACCGAGGAGUCUCAAUGCACCUUGGUGAAUGCGUCCAUCACAGAAACAUUUAAUUGCUCCUUCAGCUGUGGUCCGGACUGCUGGAAACUCUCUCAGUACCCCUGCCUCCAGGUAUACGUUAACCUGACUUCUUCCGGUGAAAAGCUCCUUCUCUACCACACUGAAGAGACCAUGAAAAUCAAUCAGAAGUGCUCCUAUAUACCUAAGUGUGGAAAAAGUUUUGAAGAAUCCAUGUCCCUGGUGAAUGUCGUCAUGGAAAACUUCAGGAAGUAUCAACACUUCUCCUGCUAUUCUGACCCAGAAGGAAACCAGAAGAGUGUCAUCCUAACCAAACUCUACAGUUCCAACGUGCUGUUCCAUUCACUGUUCUGGCCAACUUGCAUGAUGGCUGGGGGCGUGGUGAUCGUUGCCAUGGUGAAACUCACACAGUACCUCUCCCUGCUCUGUGAGAGGAUCCAACGGAUCAAUAGAUAA